AGUCUGUAUUCUCUAGCUUCCCCCCCCCCCUUGUCUCCUGUCUCCGGACGGAUCGUCUUGUACCGGAGCCGCUCUUAAAGGGGCAAUGCACCGAGACCGAGCCCGGACACCCGGACCGGGGGAUCUCUCACGUUCUUGGCUUUGAUUUCACUGUGGUGCUCUAAGGUCCCCACUUCCAUUUUUUUUUUCUUGUUUGUCCACCGUUUUGUCUUUCUGAUCUUCCUGUCCUAAACCUUCCUCCUCAUGGAAGACGUUCCCUCCACGUACCUCUCUGGACAGGAUGAUGUGGAUAAUUUACCUUACCCACUGCCAUCCAUUGGGAAGAAUGAAGCUUGUGCCCCAAUACCAUGUCCAGGAGGUGUGGAGAUUGUCCUUGUGGGAGGUGGAGAAGCCAAUGAUGGGGCCUAUCCAGAAGAAGGUGGUGUCCUCACAUCCUACCCGCACAUAGGAUAUAGAGAAGACAACCGAGAAGGCAUCAGAAUAACCCACCCCAGGGAUUCGGAUGGAAUGAACUCUGGCAUUAUGGGACGCCCAGAUCAAGACCACCAUUCAUCUAAAUAUAAUCUUCCAGCACCUGACCAUCUGACCUUACACCAGCCUGGCACCCAUACUGCCCCUUGGGGGUAUUCAGCUUCAGAUGCUCAUGAAGAAGGUGAAAGGGAAUCUGAUGGAAUGACUUCAGAAGAUCAGUACUUGCAGAGCAGAAGGUAUGAGUGGUCUUCAGGUUUGGAUGAGGAAGAAGGACAGUCACAGUUAUUGAUGAUAAGAUCAGACCCACCACCCAUUAACAUGCCAGCCUUUAGAAGAGCCCUGCACCUAGGAAGAGCUCAUGAGGCCUGGCAAGGAGGAAACUACUCAGAAGAGGAUGCACAUGUAGAAGUAGAAGAGGAGGAGGAGGAAGAGGGUUCGGUUUACACAUGCAUCGAGUGCAACAUUUAUUUCAAGAAAAAAGCCCAUCUUUUGGAGCAUAUGUUCCAGCACUCUCAAGAAGAAGGAGAGGGGUUGCAGGCAGGUGAAGAGUCUCACACCUGUGGCGAAUGUGGAAAGGGAUUUGUAGAUGAGGAGAGUCUGGAAUCUCACCGCCAACUUCAUCAGGAGUCCAGACAGAAAAUAAUAGAAGAAAUUGGCAAAUUGGAGAAUCUAGCAGAUGAAGGACGUGAUGCCCGUUUGCAGUGCCCCAAAUGCCUCUUUGGUACAAAUUCUUCCAAAGUUUUUGUUCAACAUGCAAAGACCCAUGUGAGAAAGGUCGCUGGAGAAACUCGGGGAAAUCCAGCAUCUUUCAGAUCAUCUUCUGAAACUCUAGAAGGAGGUGAAACCUCUGAAAUGGCAAAUGAAGCAAUGUGGAAGGCUCCAGAUGCAGACGCUACAAUAGAAAAGGGGUGGAGAUCUGAUUUACACAAACCUGUGGCGAAAGGGCCCAGUAAGAUAACAAGAAACAAUAUGACUAAAGAAGACUCUGAAAAUUCUAUGCAUGAAAAGCUAAAUACUGAGGGAGAAAUUGGUAAGUCCACAAAGGCUCUCAAACUCCCAGAGGCUGCCGUAAAGUUAAAGAAAAGGUUUCAAGAGACCCUCCGAUCAGGUGGGAAAUGUGAGGAGGACCAGAGGCAACAGUUAAGAGAGCAGGUUGCUGUUGUCUUUCUAAAGAAUAUUGGAGCCAAGAAGCAGAGACCAAAGGGACAUCAGCCUUUGGGAAAAAAACUUUCAGCAGGCAACAAAGGGCUGCUGUCACGCUAUGAACGCCAUCUAACCAGAGAUGACUGGGGAGAAGCAGAAGAGGAUGUACCUUUAGAUGCCCUGUUAACGGAUCCGAAAUAUGCAAGCCAGCUUGAAGCCCUUGGGCUUAGGAGUGAGGAACGAGAAUGUCCAUAUUGUCCAGAUCGCUUCCACAAUGGGAUAGGUCUCGCCAAUCAUGUCAGGGGCCACUUGAACCGAGUUGGAGUUAGCUAUAACGUACGGCAUUUCAUAUCGGCAGAAGAAGUCAAGGCUAUUGAACAGAACUACUCCUUUCAGAAGAAACGCAAGAAAGUGGCGAACUUCGACCCCAGUACCUUCAGCCUGAUGCGGUGCGAGUUCUGUGGUGCUGGUUUCGACACUCGUGCUGGCCUCUCCAGUCACGCCCGUGCCCACCUGCGAGACUUUGGUAUCACCAACUGGGAGCUCACAGUGUCUCCCAUCCAUGUUCUUGCUCGACUGCUAGCCCGCUCACCCGGUCGUCCACUGCCACCCUUUCCACCUUGGCAACAGGACACCGAUACAGACGCACUGUCCGAUGAGGAUGAUGGGUCUCCAUUAGAUCUGGGGCGACCACAAAUCUCGAAACCAGAUCGGGGCCAGGUAGAGAAAAUGGCAUCGGAUCAGAGUGGAGAGAAAACCGAAGACUCUAAAGGCCCAGGUCCCACUACGUGCGAGUUAUGCGGAGCAUGCUUCGAGACCCGGAAGGGCUUAUCCAGCCACGCGCGCUCCCACCUGCGGCACCUCGGGGUGCCAGAGUCGGAGAGCAGUGGGGCCCCCAUUGACCUGCUGAACGAGCUGGCUAAACAGGGCAAGCUGCCGAAAGACGAGAGUUUAUUGGGGGCCAAGAAGGUGGCAAGCCCCCAGCCCGGAUCCCCCAAGGCCCAAUGGGGGGUGGAGGACGGGCCUCUGAAUCUGACUGUAGAAGGUGAAACCAGCAGAGAAAAUGACUGUCAGUUUUGUGGUGCUUGGUUUGAGACGCGAAAGGGCUUAUCCAGCCAUGCCCGUGCUCACUUGCGCCACUUGGGAGUGAAUGACCCGGAUGCCAAAGGUCACGCAAUUGCUGCUCUCAACUCUCUAGUCAAAAGUGACGAGUUCAAGAAGAGACUGUCUGGAGCCUUCCCGGCCGCUGACGACGGUCCUACCAAAGCUGCUGCUGUUAGCACAUCCAAAGAACCUGGCACAGAGCAAAGCACGUCAAAGGGAAAAGAAGCCAGCAUUUUCACCAAGAGGACCGAAGGAGUCGACAAGGGGAGCGAUGACUCUUCUGAAGAGGUCUCUGAUGCCAGUCCUCGUUCUGUGCCAGUAGAGAGUAACUUAAAAUUGUCUGACAGCACAGGUCCCAUAGAGACUUCCGCACACUUCAAAUGCCCCAGCGGGUCAGGAAACAGUACCCAGAUAAAAAUUGUUGAAGCCGGUGCCCCACGUAUUCUGUCUUCUGAAGUUGGUCACCAUACCAAACUGAUGGAGGCUGGCAGCUCUCCCCGAAAGCCAGAUGCUGUGCGCCUUCAUGGCAAGAUGGAACCCCCCCACCAUCCCAAGCCCUCAUUGACAGGGCACGCUCGUCCUAGUCCAUCUCACACUCCACCUACCAAAAAGCUGAAGAUGUCUCCUUCACCCUCCAUGGAGUCUUACUGGUCACCAACAAAUGUCUCGACUCCGCUUAAUUUAUCCCCAAGUUCGGAAGAAGUCCGCUGCGAGUUCUGCGGCGAGUUCUUUGAGAACCGAAAGGGCCUGUCGAGCCACGCACGCUCCCACCUGCGCCAGAUGGGCGUCACAGAGUGGCAUGUCAACGGCUCGCCCAUCGACACCCUGAGGGAGAUCAUGGCCACAGGGAACUGCCCUAGAUCGGCCAACAGAAUUGGAGGCCCGGACAAGCACCUCUCACAUCAUCCUCCCUCUUCCCCUUCCGGAUCCCACUCAUUCAGUGGGUUAUCUCAAACAAUGCACCGCAAGCCACCUCGGCUUCCCACCUUCACAGCCAGCGAGUGGCCCACCGAUCUGUCACCUCUGAACUUGUCCUCUCGAGCAGACCCCACCCGCGACAUCCGCUGUGAGUUCUGCAAUGAAUUUUUUGAGAACCGCAAGGGACUGUCUAGUCAUGCCCGCUCUCAUUUACGUCAAAUGGGGGUUACUGAAUGGCACGUGAAUGGCUCACCUAUUGACACUUUGCGGGAAAUUAUACGCAAAAGGCGCCCAGGUCCACAGCAGCAAAUUUCUACCAUUAAAAAGGAGCCUCGAAGCGAUGAUGAACCACCCAGUCCAUCACAGAGACUGUCUCCCCUUGGGACUGGCUCUCAAGGAAUGGGUCGAGAUAUGUCCGUUUCUGCUCAUGGGCGUCCCCAUAACAACUUCCUGUCUCCAAUGCCAGCUAAGAGGCCGUUGUCCCAUGGACCAAGACAGCCUGAUCCAAGGGGCUUUGUGAAUAUAGAGCCAAAGACUUGCAAUCAGUCUAAGUCUUACAUGCACGGGGAACCUAGGCCGAAAAGUUACAUUCAAGAUGACGGUAGGCCCAAAACCUUUCUUCAGGGCGAUGCAAGACCCAAAGCGUUUUUGCAGAGUGCUGAUGGGAGGCCGAAGACUUUCAUUCAUGAAGGAAGACCAAAGGGCUUCAUGACAGGAGACCACAGACCUAAGGCAUUCAUGCAUGGGGAGCACAAGCCCAAGCCCUUUUUGCAAGGUGACGGUAGACCCAAACCUUAUCUUCCCGGAGAAGGAAAACCCAAACACUUCAUGCAUACUGACAGCAAACCCAAGGUUUAUUCUCCUGAUGGUAAGCCAAAGGCUUACAUCCAGACGGAGCUUCCUUUCAAGGUGAAGGUAAAGGCCUCUCCGGAGAAGACAGCAGCCUCAUUGGAGGCAUGUUGUGAACUAUGCGGCCUCUUCUUUGAAAACCGGAAAGCGCUUGCCAGCCAUGCCAGGGCUCACCUUCGUCAGUUCGGAGUCACAGAGUGGUGCGUCAAUGGCUCUCCAAUAGAAACACUACGCGAGUGGAUGAAGCAGCGGCCCCAAAAGGCUGGAGCUUAUCUCAGCUAUAUUCAAGGAGGGCGUCCCUACACUAAAAAGUUCAAACGGGCUUUGCAGUCACCAAAGCCUGGAGUGACUGAGAGGGAGAGUCCAUCCGUUACCCCAGUCAAGGUGGCAGAAGCAGAACAGAGCGCUGGAGCUCAUGGAGUGGCAGCCGAAAAGCCAGUAGAAGUACAUGGACACAAAACUGAGAGACGUCAUCCUAAGCCUGCUGAGGUCCCACCUACACGGGAUGAGACGGUCUCUGACCACCUUUCCAAAGCUGAGGAGCCACGACCACCUGUAAGAGCUCGUCCUGUCCCCUCUUUGGUGCCAAGACCUCCGCAGACAUCCUUGGUCAAGUUUGUGGGGAAUAUUUACACGUUAAAAUGCAGGUUCUGUGAUGUCCAGUUCCAAGGUCCACUUUCCAUCCAAGAGCAAUGGGUCCGUCACCUCCAACAUCACAUACUGGAAAUGAACUUCUCUAAAUCCUCCAGCCCACCACAUACUCUUUCAUCACAGGACCAGCAGCCUGAGCCUGCCAAAGCUCAGUAACCUCCAGCAUCAACAUUGCAUUGACCCCAAAGGACCGAUGAGCGCCCUAUACGACGCGUCCAUUGGCCAAUGGUGGCAUGCAAUUUGUAAUAGAACUCUUGAUGGUGGCUUACAUCAUAGUAGGAACCAAUGGACCCAUUAGAAGAAGGUUAUGUGGAAAGUAAUGGUCUGGGCUUUUGUGUAAAGAUUCAGAAGCACCUUUCCAGGUUGCAGGAGCUGGUAUUGCAGUAUGUAGGGGGAGGGGUGGAGAAGUGACCGUACUUAUGGAGCUGUGGGGAAUGUUAUGGAAGGUUAUUUUUUGAAGGUGUAGGGUAUUUUAUUGAACUUGUCUGAAAUCCUGACAAGUCACGAAAUUCCCACUACUUGGCCUCAGGCUAUGAAGGAUGUUGUGUAAUGAUGACACGGUGCAAAAAUAAAGCUGUGAUCUGGUGACGACUUCUGAUAGGCGAGCGUAUCACUGUCCCCUGGACCACACCCCGGGCUGGUUUUAAAAGCGGUUCACUGGCACAUCACCUUCUAGCGCCAUUGCUCACUUUAUCUGGUGACUUCGAUGUUGUGGUGAUUUCGUCUCCUUACCGGUUACAGAGCGGAGAGCAGACUGGGAUUACAGGCCCUCUAGUAACUUGGCUAUUUCUUAUACUGUUUGUUCACGAUGCAUUUGGAGGGUUGGGUUUUUGAUUGCAAUUAGAUCCUAUGUAUGUGCCACCCAAUCCCAGGACAGAGCUUGAGUUAUUCAGUUCACACUAUGCCCCUAAUUUGUUAAAUCCUCUUUCACACUUCUGGUUUUGCGUGCACCCUCUAAACCGGUAGGUACACUUGGCAGCUCAUGUUCUUAUUGCUGCAAUGCCUCGCAAAUGAGGCAACUGUGGCAGCAGUUUUGACUUAAAAAAAAAACCCACUACUGUUUUGUGUAUAGAAUUGCCAUGUAGACUUGAGUCUUCAUGGUUACAGACUACAAAUAAACCCAGUGUAGUCUGAUCAUGCACUGUGGCUCCUCUCUUCUUGUUAAGGGGGUUCUCCAGGAAUGAUUUAAAAUGGCCGCUUGCACCCUGUCCAGAAAUGUUAGCAGCACUGGUUGCCCUCCGGUUGCUGAGCUGCUGGAGGUUGGGUCUCGCUACACUCUGGUACUUGCAUAUAUUACAUAUUGGUGAGUGUUCCUGUCAGGCUGCUCAGCCAUGAUGGUAUAUCGUAGGCCGGAUUGCAUCCCUACCAUCUAUUGUAGAGCAGUGUAGUGAGCCUCCUCCUUCCCAGACAGCUCUGCAAGCGGUGGCAACCAGUCCUGCUUCUAUUCCAGGACAGGGUGCUGGUAGCCAUUUUAAAUCCCAGAUAACUCCUUAGCUCUUAACCCGGACAUAUCCCCAUUUUCACCCUUCCGGGUCCUCUGACAUGAGCAUCGGAGCAUGAAUGCUCCGAUGGUCUCCCUUGUCUUGCGCUGCUGGGCAAGUGCUGUUUUGUUUAUAUUUUUACAUUGCUAGGCGGAGGCUUCUGCCUAGCAUUGUUCCCGGUGAUGUCACCAGCACUAAUGGGUGGGAUUUAACACCACCCUAGCCUGUUUUACAACUGCAAGGUAAGACCGCACAGCUUGUAGCCUGUAACCAUGCGGACAAGUCUGCUUAGGAGCUGUAUACACCAAUAUUGGAUAUUUGUAUGAACUAGUAUUAAUAAUUUUAAAAAAUGAUAAAUAGAUAAAAGUGCACUUAUCCUCUAAAUGUUUAACUCCAUACCCCAGUUCACUGUUGGCAUUGUUGUGGACGGCACCAUGAAGAGCAAGUAUGCCUUGCUGAGUGAUAUACUGUGCCUUACAACUAAUGAUUAUGGCUGGUUAUCUGCUAUAUAGCUAUAGCAUUGUGCACCUACCUGCCCCUUCCAUGACAAAUAAUGGAGUCCCAUACAAUAGUCCACUUCUGUCAUUUACGGUAGAGAUCUUUAUUUUAUUUUUUUGUGGAGCAAGCAAUGCUAUGGCCAAAUUAAACAACACUUACCAACACUGGUGGACAUUUUUCAGGACCGGUGUUUUAUGCACCAACCUUUGUGGGCGGUUUACCAGAUUUGCCAGUUUUCUGGCCAAAGAAAAAAGUGACAGUGUUGGCAACAAAUUUCUGCUUCACUCUCGCCACUUUUACAAAAAGGAGAGUGGUGAGGGUGGGACCCAUUACAUUUAUCUACUUUUAACCCAGUUUUCCUGCGCAAAUGAAGAACGAAAUCUGGAGCUUUGCCAUAAAUUUGGAGCAUCUUCUGGCAGCACAGGAGAUACCAGUCUGUGAUAAAUCUCACCCACUGUGUCUGUAGUGGUAUUUUAAGACAGUUUCCCGGUGUUUUUCUUGUCCCAUGGUGUUUUUUUUUUAUGGUAAUCUAUGCUGCAGUGGCUUUUUUUUUUUUUUUUUUUGUCUUCUUAUAGACUUCUCUAUAGAAUAAAAAAAUAAAAAAAAGUCUUAAGAACCUUGUGUUCUAAAAAUAGUUUUUCACAAGCCAAAAAAAAGGCCAAAACAGACAUAGUGUGGCGGCACCCUUAGGAAACAAGACAUUACAAAAUUGGAAAUAGUUCCUCCCCCCCCCCCCCCCUUCUUCCUCAUUUGUAAUGCUUUGAUGAUCGGUUGACAUUUGGUAACCCGCCGCUAAGGUGCGACCUAGGAAGUCUUACACUGUGGUGCAAGAAGCCUCAGAUACGAUGGGGUUUCUUUUAAAUGGGGUAACACCUAGAAUUUUUGUAUUUUUACCCAAAUUCACAGGCUUAAAGUUGCCAUCCAACCAUCUUCAGUGAAGACUGAUUGUAGGGUGCCCUAGUAGUCAGACUGGCCAAGAUGAGGACUCUAGCUGGCAGCAGUCUACAUUACGUCACACCCAUUGCUCCCUUUUUUUUUUUUUUUUCCUUUAAAAAUUUAGGUAGUGAGCAUGUCAAAAGCAUUCUACCCGAAUUCUAAAGUGAUGGCGUAUUGCGGGGAGAUGCCAUCACUAGAAUGGUGAGGGUCUGACUGCUGGGACACCAUCAGUCCUGAAAAGUAAAUCCAGUGCUGCAUCUCCCUCUAAGGGCUCAUGCACAAGACCGUAUGUAUUUUGCGGUCCACAGAAAACGUGUGCAUUCAGUAUUUUGCGGAACGGAACAGCUGGCCCUAAUAGAACAGUCCUACCCUUGUCUGUAAUGCAGACAAUAAAAUUUCUUUUGUGGAACGGACACACGGAAACAGAAUGCACACGGAGUAACUUCCCUUUUUUUGCGUGCCCAUUAAAAUAAAGGGUUCCGCAUACAGUCUGAAAAAAAAAGAACGGAAUGGACAUGUAAAGAAAAUGCAUUUAUGUGCAUGAGCCCUAAUUUGUGUGGGGCUGUGCUGUGUUUUUUUCCCCCUGCACAGCCACGUCCAAGCUGCGCAGUGGAAAACAGUGAGGGGGACACACAGCUGCAACCCCUCCAUUCUGAAGUCUGACCCCCACUGAUCAUAGUGAUGGCAUAAUCAUGAUAUACCAUCUUGUUUUAAGAUGAGAAUACCCGUAUCUGGCAAUUUAUAUUGAUGUCCUAUCGGUCAUCAGUAGUGAUAAGCGAAGCAAGCAUCGGAAUAAUACCGUACAGUAUUAGAAUGUAUGGGCUCCGAUGAGCCGAAGUUAUUGACGAAGUCGCACAAGGCUUCGUUGAAUUACACUGGCAAUUGAUUUUUAAAGGGGAAAACCCGAAACCGAACUCUGCUUUGGUUCCGAGGUACCAGUCAGAACCCAGGCAGAGUUCGGUUUCAAGUUUUAAAGUGGUUUUCCACUUGAAUAACUUGUAAUAGAUUUUUUAACAAAGCCACGUGCAACUUUGCAAAUAACUUACUUCGGCUCAGCGAAGCCCACAUGUUUAAAUACUGUACGGAGACUGAUCUCCGAACGGUAUUAGGGCGCAGCUCCAUUGAAAUGAAUGGGUCCGAACCAGUUUCACAAAAUUGCGGAACGGAUGUGGACUUAAUCAUAUGGUCGUGUGAAGAGCCCUUAAUCCAAAGUUAUGACCAAGGCAACUCCGGAUUUAACAUCUGAAGCUCGCUUCGCUCAUCUCUAGCCAUUAGUAUCAGAUUGGCGGGGAUCUGACACCAGGGACCUCCGCCCAUCAGCAGUUAGAGGCCAGCAUUCCUUGAGCGUCGCAGCUUCUUCCUAGGCCAUGUGAUAUCACCGUACGUUGGUCACAUAGUCGAGUUGCUGCUCAGCCCCAUUGAAGUGAAUGCGCAAUACAAUAUACGGCGCUGUGCUUGUAAGCUGCCGGAACGGGCUCCAGUGAGCCUGGCGGCUCACUGUAACGGCCAGUACUCGGACCCCCACUGAUCUGAUAAUAAUUACCUAUCCUGAGGAUAGGUCAUCAUUAUCAAUACCUGGAGAACCCCUUUAAGAAUGAGGCACAGGCUACACAGUGUCAUUUGGUCAUCCUAAAACUGUGGUAUUAAAGGGGUUGUCUGGUUUCAGGAGGAAAUCGGGACAUGCCUGAAAUUAGGAAUAGACCAUUACUUACCCACCACAUCCUAUGCCACUGCUUCGGUUCUGGGCAGGCUCUGUCGACCCAGCUGCAGCCAAACACUGGCCUCAAGAAGCGAUUUGCUGUAGUGGCCAUGUUUCAACAUAACAUUGCCACUGCUGCUCGGGUCAACAGAGCCUGCCCGGGAAAACAGGAGUGGCGGCACUGGAUCUGCUAGGUAAGUAAUGGUCCAUUCUUAAUUUCUGGCUUGUACAACCCUUUUAACACCGCUUCAGUGUUAAAGGGAUAUUCCGGUUAUGUAUAGUCGCCCCUAUCCACAAUUCUUUCUGGAUCUCCCAUAGAAAUGAAUCGACCGGCUGCUCCGUUGUCAGAGGGGCUCCACGGGGUAAAGGAUCCCAGUGGUAAGACCCCCCACCAAUCUAAUAGCUAUCCCCUAUCCUGUGCAUAAGAGAGAACUUUACAUAACCGGAAUACCCCUUUAAGAAAAUGUAUCCCUCGCCUGAUAUGUGCUUGCAGGAGUUUAAUAGUCUAAUACAGCUACUGUAAAUGGGCCGCUCUGGCAGAAAUAUCCCUUUGUAAACCUAAGACCUUGAGUAAAAAAUAUUACCAUAUAUGCCUUUUAAAAUAGGGUAUAUUCCAGUGAAAUGGUUCUCCCAGUAUAACUUGAAAGGCAGUGUCUGCUUAUGGAGCUGUCCUUGAAGACCUGUUUCAUGGGGCAGAAUACAGAGCUGGGAUGCGGUGCAGUAAAAGCCCAGAUAUAACGUGAUGAAAGUUGGCCGCCUGUACGGUUGGUGUAGGGAUGGUUCGAUGCCGUUACAGGUCAAUUGCUGACAUUGGGACGGGUGUCUUAUAGAAGACCGGGACAGUUGCAGGGUUGUCAGGCAAGGAGCCUAUAUGUAUAUAAUAUAUACGUUGUAAUAUUGUGGUUGUAUAUCUUGUCACUACCCCUCCCCCCACCUUAUUUGGGGGCACCACAUCUACGAUUUUUAGUUAAUCCGUUGACCUUUUUAUAUCCAAGGGCAAAUAUAACCUUCCCCCGCACACCUGAAAGUGUUCACUUCACGCAAAACUAUAAGUUUUUUUUUUUUUUUUUGCUGUCACCUGUAUUAUAAUCCUCCUCCCUUUGAUUGCGGAGGGCUCUUAUUUAUUGGGGCUGUCUCACGAUGCCAUUCUUCUGGUUGGAGUAGAUCCCUCGACGGCUUCCUCCAUGUUGGGGUAGAUGUCCUUUAGCUCCUUAGUGUCUUCCACUUUUCCUAUGUUAAUGAUCAUUGGAAACUGUUACGGAACAUGACUGCCUAUUGACCGCCGUUGUGUAUAUUGUCUUCUAGGGGGGUGUCGACCGCGCCCACCUUGCGAUGUAGCUAUUAUACAUAGGAUUUGUUCUCCGUUCCACCCCAUAAAAUGGGGCAAUUCGUACAUUUUUAUAUGUUUCGUUUUUUUUCUUCCCCCUUUGAGCUGAAGACUAUGAUGUGAAACCAUGAAUGGCCUCCCAUCCCUGGACUGUAUGACAUUCUUCCCAUCUGCUGUUUAAUUUCCAGAUUCACCUUUGAUUUACUAUGUUAACAUGUAGAAUUUCAAGUAAAGCAUUCAGUUUUUACCCUC